AUGGCUAAAAAUGAAGGCUUCCUGAGCGCCAUCAAAAAGGCCCCUCGCUACCUGAAGAGAGCUUUUGUGGACAGGAUCAUCUCCAGGUCCUCCUCUCUGAAUGACAUUUUACAUGAUGUGCCUGAUGCUCUGGUGGACCAAGUCCCCAUCUCGUUGCUGGUGCUGCAAGAUGGGCACCUAGAUCUUCACCAAAUCCAGCAGAAGCAGUGGUCCGCAGAGCAGGCGGCGGUGUUUUUUGAGCGUGUGCUGUCUGCCACGGGGAAUCACACGGACCUCUCAGCCUCGGUCCUGCAUGGUUUCCAGUGCAGGCCAGCCAGCAAACUCUCAGCCGCCCGGGUCUUCUCGAUGGCUGAACAGAUGGCGAAGAAGAACGUGGUCCUGACCCACCACCAGCUGUCUUGCCUAGCCAAAAUACUGGCUGCGCACAACCUGACGGCCAACUUCACCCACUACCCACGAGACCUGCUGCUUUUCUUUAACUUCACUGAAGUGCACAACGACACCUGCAAAGCCUUUUACAGCCUGGCUUCCCAAGGAAACCUCAACCUGCUGCCACGUGGAUCUGCCCAAAGGACCCAGCUCCUGACCAAUGCCCUAGCCUGCCUGGAAGUAGAGAACACCACCCUCAGCAAGGAGCAGCUCGGCAGGCUGGGUGCUUUGGUGUGUGACAUGGACACUGCAGCCAUCGCAGACUCCCACCCUCGGAUCCUGGAGAAUUUAAAGCUCUGUCCAGCUCUGACAGAGGCCCAACAGACUGCCCUCAACGUCCUCCUCGGCAGUGGGGAGAGCCAGUACGGGGAUCCUUCGUCCUGGGAUUUAGCAAGUUUGCAGAAACUUGGGCCGCUUGCUGUGUAUGUGAACCAGACCACGUGGAGCUCAGUGAACGUGGACGUGAGAAGGGCCUUCUUCAAGAGCGUGGUCGCUGGGUACCAAAGCCAAAGUGCGUCUCAGAAAAAGAAAGCCGUGCUCCUCUUGAAAUCUCUUGGAGUUAUGUCGUCUUCAUCUCGCAGGCCUAAACGUGCCCCGCAAGCGUGCAUGUCUGAAGCCAUCACUGCCGAAACCAUCCUUGACCCCCUGUUCCUGGUGUCUUACACCUCUACCGAGCAGUUUGAUGCGUGCUUGAGUAACGAGGUUUUGAAAGACAACCUGGUCCCUUUGCUGGAGCAGCCCCUCACCGAGGAGCAGCUCGAUGUCCUAAAGCGGAAAUUUGGCGAGAUUUACCCCGAUGGGAUCCCAGAGGACCAGCUAAAACUCUUCAGCUUGUUAUCACGCCGCUACACCGCGAGCGAGAUCAGCAAGUGGGCGGUGACGUCCAGUGAAACCCUCAUGGCUCUGCUGGACCCGGAGGCCGGGAGCUGGGGGGAAGCCGAGGUCAAACAGCUGGUCGCCAGAUACAUGGACCUGGGUGGCAACUUAACGGGACCCUUGCUCCGGCAUACCGAGGGCGAAGUGCUGUGCGACCUGUCUGAUGAGCAGAUUAAAACAAUAAGCCCAGAAGCAAUUGGGAGUGCUGGAAAAUUAGACAUUUCUUCCUGUUCACAAGCCAAGAAAGACCAGCUCUAUGCCAAAGCCCGUGAUGCAUUUGCUAGCCAGAAAGGAACCAGUGCUUAUUACCCUUUAAUCCAACCCUAUCUAGGUGGGGCUCCAGUGAAGGACCUGGAAGACCUGGCCAAAUCUGACGUUGCCAUGGAUAUCAACACAUUUACUGCCUUAAACCCUGAUGAGCUGCAGAAACUCAGCGUCCAGGACGUGAAGAAUUUGCUGGGUGUAAACCUUCCCUCUCUAAAGCAAGCUGAAAAUCAUCCAGCCGUGGCCAACUGGACCAAGACUCAGUACCAGUCAGAACUGGACAGGAUCCUGGGAAUCGGUUUGCAGGGCGGGAUGCCAGAUCCAAUCUCAACAGCAACGAGCAUCGCUAGUAUUGUAAUCCCUAAUGACACCACUACCCCCACAGCUACCUCCUCCAAUACCACCCCCCCAGCCGCUACCCCCCCCAGCACCAGUGUCUCAAGAGCAGUCAUCAACCCCACGGUCUUUAUCCAUAAUGCCACCACCCCCCCGCCUGCUAUCAACCAAACUCUGACCACCCCCAGCACCACCCCAUCUACUACCACCAUCCCCGACACCAACACCGCGACUGCCAUGAUCAACCAAACUGCCAACACCCCCAAGACAACCACACCAGCUGCUGUUAUCAACCAAACAGCCAACACCCCCAUGCCAACAGCCAUUAUGCACCACGCCAUCAACACCACCACCCCAGCUGCUAUUACCGACCCAACUGCCAACACCCGCGACCCCACCACGACUGCUAUUAUUGGCCACGCUACCAACAUCACUCCGAAUCGGGUCAUCAGUGAAACAGUCACUGCCUCUAACACCACCUCUGUUACCGCAACUGCUGUGAACACCCCCAACGCCACCACCCCAAGUGCCGUUGCCUCUAAUGUCACCACCUUGACCCCCGACACCACCACUCCUGGUCCCCAUAUUGCUAACAUCACUUCUAACACUACCACCGCAGCUCCUGUUGAUACUACUGCCAUCACCCACAACACAUCUACCCAUCACCCAUCACCCAUCAUGCCCACUUCCCCCACAACUACCUCAAAUGCCACCGCUCCACCUCCCAUUAUCUUCACAUUCACUACUAGCACUACACCGUUGACUGUCAAGCCAACCAUUACCUCAACAGUGCCCAGUCCCACCACCCCUAGAAACACUGCCCACCCCCCAACAACUGCCACGACAUCUGCCACAACCACGGUCACCACCCCAAGGCCCAAUAAGACAACAUCAACCAAGACAACGCAGCCAACGAAGCCAACACCCGUGGGAUUCAUCAAUCUUAAACCGGUAACCACAUCAGGAGCGAACCUGUCUUUCAGUCAGCUGCACAUGCUGUCCCUGACCAUUGGGAUCUUCUUGCUGAGAAGAUUUCUCUAAUGCCAUCAGCACAAACAUGGCCUUUAUGGUAUUCCUCCUUUCAUUUUUCACUGGCCCCCAAAAGAGCUGAGAUGCAGGCAUCGUAUUCCCUCCCAGGUGGCAGAGAUCCCACUUUGCAGCACAUGUGGGAGCUACACGAAGCUGCCAGGACCACAUUCCCCGGAGGCAGUGCAAUGAUCCUGACGGGACAAUUAGAUAUUAAGAUGUCACUACUGUUGCUCAGACUUUUAGAAUAAGUUUCACAUUCAAAGGACAGAGCUGUACGC